AUGUCGGAGGAUGUUACGGAUCCUGAGUCUCAGGAAGAAAAGAAGAGAAACCACUGGGUAUCUGAGCCUGGAGACGGUUACAACACAGUGAAGAGUGCGCUCACCGUGCAGGAAUAUUUUGCCCAGCGCAUGGCAAAACUGAAGGGAUCCCAGAAUGAAACAGAAACAGAAACAAAGGUAGACCAUUCCUGCGCAACAGCUGACGAAGCUUUGGAGGCUUCGAAAGAACUGCAAACUAAAGUCAAGAAGAAAAAGAAGAAGCAGAAGAGAGAUGAGGCAGAAAGUACAGAGCGCUGCAAGAAACCAAAAGCCAAACAAUCCAAGGUAGGUAGCUUGAAUGGGAAAGAACUGGAUGCUGCGUUAAGCGAAUGUCACUCAGGGAAAAAGAAAAAGAAACCUAAAGAACAGGAGGAGGAGGAAAGAAUUGGUUGUGAUGAAAAUGUGGGCAACGGAGAGAUUUAUGCAGGAAUGUCGGAUGGGGAAGAUCUCAGCGUAAAGGACUGUGAGGCAAAGCAAAAGAAACGCCAUAAGAAGAAACAGAAAAGGCAAGAAAAGGAGACAGAUGAGUGUAUUGAAGGAGCGAAGAGAAAGAAAAAGAAGCACUGCAAGCACAUUUAA